CCUCCCUUCAAGUCUACAUUCGUCCUCACGGGAGCUCAGUAGUCAGCGACACGUCGGCCCAGUCAUCACACUGGUCGAGCUUGCAGGGUUCUUUUAUUUAUUAAAAACGUGUCGCGUGUCGUGACAAUAACACACCACUAAUUAUUUUUUUUUAAUCAACAAUUUUUUGAUUUUUCAAAAAAUCACCAGAUAUUUAAUGAUUGAUGAUCGUGUCAUCUCGACAGUGGAAUUCGUGGAUUUAAAUAAUGUAAUAACGACGCUGUGGCGUCGAGCGAUGUCUUCGUCGUCAGUGAGCAGCUGUACGGACGAGGAGGACCCCGAGGAUGUCGAAACAAAGCACACUGGCUGGCGAUACAGCACGAGUAUCAUCGUCACUCCAAUCAUCACCACCUAUAUCAUCAACGUCAUCAUCAGUACCGUCUGUUUACACGUGGAAGGACUGCGGCUAGAUAAAUCUAAAUAAUUAAAUACUCCCCGUGCAUCUAACAGUGCAGUCAUUGAAUUUCCUUUAAAAAAAAAACGAGGGAAAAUUUAAAAUAUAAGUUUGAAUAAAUUUAAAAAAUACUGGAACCCACAGCCUGCAAAGUUGUGAUAACGAUGAGGUGACAAAAGAAAUUGGCCAUCGUUGCCGUUGUCAUAAUUAUUAUAUGUAUACAAUUAUUGUUAGUGUAGAUAAAUUUAAAGUCCUGUAAAUAAAUAAGGACUUAAAGUGUAAUUAAAUAAAUAAAUCUAUAAAUAUAUAUUAAAUAUUUUUAAUGUGAAAUAACAACGAUAAUACGUGAUAAAAACGCUGUGAUCCGGGGAUGGAAAAACGUCCUGGAUUACGAUCGGGAGUGGGAAGUAACGGCAGCUUGAUCGUUAAAGGAAGGACAUUUGACGACGUAGAUCCUUCCAUUAUAUUAAAUACUUCCAGUAUAAUAAAACAAUCAAGUAAUAUAACAUAUAUAUAUUCAUCAUCACCAACAAUAACGAUACAAGUAGUAGCAACAAUUAAAAAAAAAUUUAAGUGUCGCGUGCGGAAUAUCAUCUACUUGACGUCUAUUGUCGUACAAGUGCAAGGCCACUGGACAGUAAACCAGUUGAUUAAAAAACUUCUUCAAAAACAGCGUAAGCGUAAUAAACCGUGUCGUGUGCGAUACCGCAAAUGUUAUAAUAAUUAUAAAAAAUUAAAUUACUGCUAUUGCAGAAACUACGAUUGUUACUCUGUGACGUCAUCGGGUGUUCGAUCACGGUGACGAUGAUGCUUGGGAUUAAAACCGCCGAGUCUCCUCAAGUGACACAAAUAAAAAAAUAAAUUUUUUAAGUAAAAAAUAUUUUUUACAGCAUGUGGGUGAUAGUGUUGUGUAUAAUGUGUUUAUGUCAAUACACAGCCAUCAAAGUUUUAAGUGGUUUGUGUUAAAUAUUUAUAUCCUUGAGGAUUUAAAGUUUUUUUAUUUAAUUUGACAAAACGUUUUAAAAUAUAUGAAUAGUUGGAUUAAAUAAUCUGGCAUAGAAAGCCAGUAACGUUUAAAAAACAGUUAAAGGAUGCCAGGGGGUCGUAGGGGCCUGGUAGCCCCUCAAAAUACGUUCUUGGAGAACAUUAUUAGACGAAGCAGCAGUCAGCCUGACAGCAGCUUCCUGCUAGCCAAUGCUCAAAUUGUCGAUUUUCCUAUCGUUUAUUGCAACGAGAGCUUUUGUAAAAUAUCUGGAUUUAAUCGUGCAGAGGUGAUGCAAAAGUCAUGCCGCUGCGGAUUCAUGUACGGUGACCUAACGGACAAGGAAACAAUAGCGAGGAUCGAGGAGUGUUUGGAGGGUCAGAUCCACGAUCAAUUCGAGAUUCUUCUCUACAAAAAGAACAAAACUCCACUAUGGCUGCUGUUACAAAUAGCGCCGAUAAAGAACGAGCGGGAUUUGGUGGUGCUGUUUCUCCUGACGUUUCGGGAUAUAACGGCGCUAAAGCAACCGAUCGAGACGGACGACAACAAAGGCGGUCUUUCAAAGUUUGCGAAACUCGCGAGAUCUGUAACGAGAUCACGAUCUGUUUUAGUUUCACAGUUCAGCUCCCACAUACCCGCUGUCAAAGACACCUUGCCUAUGACGACGAAACAAUCUCAUAUUGGUCAUAUGAUAUCAUUAAAUUCCGACGUAAUGCCGCAGUACCGUCAAGAAGCGCCAAAAACUCCACCGCACAUUUUACUUCAUUACUGUGCAUUCAAAGCGAUCUGGGACUGGAUAAUCCUUUGUUUGACAUUCUAUACAGCAAUUAUGGUCCCGUAUAAUGUGGCCUUCAAGAACAAAACCAGUGAAGAUGUUUCAUUGCUUGUAGUUGACAGCAUCGUUGACGUUAUAUUCUUCAUAGACAUUGUGCUCAACUUCCAUACGACUUUCGUCGGCGCCGGUGGCGAAGUCGUCUCCGAUCCAAAAGUGAUAAGGAUGAAUUAUUUAAAGUCCUGGUUCAUAAUAGACUUGCUGAGCUGUCUGCCUUAUGACGUUUUCAAUGCCUUCGAUCACGACGAAGACGGCAUAGGAAGUCUUUUUUCAGCUCUUAAAGUUGUAAGAUUGCUAAGACUGGGACGAGUCGUCCGUAAACUGGAUCGUUAUUUAGAAUAUGGAGCAGCUAUGCUGAUUUUAUUGCUGUGUUUCUACAUGUUGGUUGCACACUGGCUUGCCUGUAUCUGGUACUCGAUAGGAAGGUCAGACGCGGAUGGAGGCGUUCAAUACUCGUGGCUGUGGAAGCUCGCGAACGUGACACAAUCACCUUACAGUUAUCUAUGGACUAACGCGAGUACAGUACCAGAGUUAGUUGCUGGACCAUCGAGACGUACAAUGUACGUUACAGCACUUUACUUCACUAUGACUUGUAUGACUUCCGUCGGUUUUGGUAACGUCGCCGCUGAAACAGACAACGAAAAAAUAUUCACUAUCUGCAUGAUGAUUAUUGCCGCUCUUCUCUAUGCGACCAUCUUCGGACAUGUUACGACAAUAAUCCAGCAGAUGACCUCGGCAACUGCCAAGUACCACGACAUGCUCAACAAUGUUAGAGAAUUCAUGAAGCUACACGAGGUACCAAAAGCUCUUAGCGAACGAGUUAUGGAUUACGUUGUAAGCACAUGGGCUAUGACUAAGGGUCUCGAUACUGACAAAGUACUAAAUUAUUGCCCAAAAGACAUGAAGGCCGAUAUUUGUGUUCAUUUAAAUCGUAAGGUCUUUAAUGAACAUCCAGCUUUCAGAUUGGCCUCAGACGGUUGUUUGCGUGCCCUGGCGAUGCAUUUUACAAUGUCACACAGUGCUCCGGGAGAUUUGCUGUAUCACACAGGCGAAUCCAUAGACUCGUUGUGCUUCAUUGUUACCGGUAGCCUCGAGGUCAUCCAGGACGACGAGGUCGUGGCGAUCCUCGGCAAGGGCGAUGUGUUCGGCGACAGUUUUUGGAAAGACUCCGCCGUUGGACAAAGUGCUGCUAAUGUGCGUGCACUUACCUACUGCGAUCUCCACACGAUAAAGCGCGACAGAUUGCUCGAGGUUCUGGAUUUUUAUCAAGCCUUCGCGAAUUCCUUCGCAAGAAAUCUCGUCUUGACUUACAAUCUACGUCACAGGCUCAUAUUUCGAAAAGUCGCGGAUGUACGUCGGGAAAAGGAGCUUGCAGAGCGAAGGAAAAAUGAGCCUCAAUUGGACCAGACACAGGAUCACCUCGUGCGAAAAAUAUUCUCGAGGUUCAAGCCCGAUGAAGUUUCUCACGUUGGUACACCACGAACACCAAGUCGAAGGCCACAGGAUUCUGAUGAGGAGCUCACAGUCAACGUCCUUCCACCAUGGCCCAGUUUUAGAUUCCGGAGAGAACGACACGCUGCGGAUGUCGAGAAGGGUGACAGCAAGGAUGGCAAGGACACCGAGAGCUCGCAUACUAAAAAACCCUCUUCUGGGGAAGAGUCUGCAGCACCACGCCCACGUGCCAGUAAAUGGGGUCGUCUUCUUGGAAGUUCAAGUCUAGAUUCUGGUAGUGAGGGUGGUACGGGUACGGAUACAUUUAAAAGAACAUUAAGUGCCCGUGAUUCAAGACCAAGUUCGAGUGCUAGUACAAAUAAAGUAUUUCCAAAAUUGGGUAAACUGAGCGGUACUAUUGAAGAAGCUGCUGACACAGAGACAACUAAAGAUCCACCGCAAACAACGACAUUGACAGUUGACUCAAAACAGUUGUCGCUAAGACGUCUCGAGAGUUACGACGGCGGUCUUAUAACAUCACAAUCUGGUCAGGAUCGUGAAAUACUAGCGGCGGUACUUGAAGUUAAAGUUGAUCUUAAACUUGAGGUACAGAGAGUAAAUCAACGGUUAGCUAAGUUAGAAGACUUGUUACAAACUGUAAUGAGUAGACUGCCACCAGCAAAUUCAACGAGUUCCCAAAGUCCUGGGCCACAACAAAGCGGUAGUGACGCUGGUACACAGACACCGCCUAUUUUACCAGAUAAAUCAUUGGGACCGUUGGAUCCUAUUCGUGAAUUUGGCGAACGUCUUCAGGUUAAAGAAUUACCCCAACAUCAUCAUCAUCAUCACCAUCAUCAUCAUCAGCAGCAGACAUCAGACAGCAGAUCCAAAGAUUCGUGUACAGAAAGACUGACUGGUGGUUCUGCUGAUUACAAAUUAUCAUCACGCGAAGUAAAUAAAGAAUUAUUAGAACGUCUUACCCAAGCAUCAACAUCACGCGAGGAUUCAUCAGCACUUGGACCACUUAUUCUUCGUAAACGGCGUAGUAAAUCACGUAAUAAAGGUGUUGCUCCUCUUGCGCCUCUUGCUAGUCAACCAAUAAGUCCGACCGACGUGUCGGAAACAACGCAGAUGCUUGAUGUCGACGAACGUGAGUCGGCAAGUGCGGACAGAAGUGCGGAUAAAAGUGAACGUAAAAGACCACCACCAAGACCUAGAGAAUAUUUGUGAAAAAAUGUUAAAAUAUUGUCUUGGUGUUUUUAUUAAUUGUUUAUAAAAAUCAUUUUAUUUUGUUUCAUUUUUAAAGGUGCUCACGUCAUACGGAAUUGAUUCAAAUUCGUGAGAUUUGACUGAUUACUG